CCUUUGGUCCUCAAAUCAAAUUCAUCUCUUCAUAUCUUUCUCUCACUCUCACUUUUCAAUCUCUCUUUUUCAAAAUCACUCUCUGAAAUUAUUCCAUAAAGAAAAUCAGUUUCUAUAAAAAUGGAAAACAAUCUACCAGUGAUAUCAAAGAGAGUGUUGAGUUUGGUACGUGUUGCCUUCUUCAUGUUGAGAAAAGGAAUAUCAAAAGGUAAACUAAUGAUGAACCUAAACAUGAUAUUCAAACGUCAUAGCAAGCUCGCCGGAAAAGCCAUUGCCAAUAUAAUAUCCCACCAUCCCAACCAUGGUGGCUCCACCUCAAACCGCCACUCACACCCCCAAUUCACUUCCUCAAGGGAGUACGAAUUCAACUGUAGCAACACUCCAAACCACUUCUUCUCAAUAGGAAAGCGUCACCACAACCACAAGCACAAUGCUCAAGCAAAACUUACACAUGACCAUGAGGUGACGACUAUGAAUGCAAUGUUAGAGAUGCUUAACAAUGAUCAAGCGAUUGUAGAAGUGUCUCCAGGUUUCCCUUUAGGAGAUGAUGAUGAUGAGAAGGACAAUCAAGUUGAUAAGGCAGCUGAAGAUUUCAUAAAAAGGUUUUACAGUCAAUUGAGGAAGCAAGAUUGAUUCAUUAAUAUUAAUUCAACUUACCUUGUUUAAUAGAUAAUCAAGUAGCCAUAUUUUUUUUUUGGUUAUUUUCAUGAUAUAUACCUAUUGGCGAGGGUUUUUGAUUCAUGUUAA